GGUUGGAGGAAAAGGAGAAAAGACACACACCCCGGGAAUCCCUGAUUCAUGCAAUCCAUGCUGGGGAGAUCCGAGAUCUAAAAGGGGCUGGAAGGGGGGGGGAGAGGAGAAUCUGGGUUUUUUUGCUGCAAAACCUCACCUGCCUCCCCCCCCACUUCGACGGGGGAUCAGCGCAUUAGCAAAGCCCGAAGGGCUGUGCAGGGGAGAGGGGGCAGGGAGGGGGUCCCCUUCCAGCUGACUCAGGGGAGAAGGGAGCGGGCCUGGGAGACCCCCGUCAGCCAGCCCUGCUGCUGACCCCUCCCCCCAGCCCCCCUUAUGUGAUCUCUGAGAGUUGGGGGCGACCCCAAAGCCCUUUAAAACGGGCCUCCUCCUGCUUUGCCCCUUUCAACGCCGCAGAAAGAGCCGCUGCUGGGGCUCCCCUGGCGAGGGGCUUUUUCGGAAGCCGUCCCCGGCCCCCCACCGCGAAGCAAGCAGCCUUACUGGGGGAAGCGCUUCUUGUGCGCGUGCGCUGCUGUGUGUCGUUUUUGCCCCAGAGCUGGAGGGGUCCCCACAGGGGGGGGAAGAUUUUAAAUUGGGGGGGCAAAGGAAUAGACAGACAUUUUGGGAGGGAGGGAAAUUGGCCUUGUGCGAUUCCUUGGCAAGGAAAAGCACCCAAAGGUGGGGCAUUGCCUUUGUGCCUCAGUGACAGCGUUAUUAUGUAGACGAAGGGGAGGGGGGCAUCAAACUUUAUUUCCCACUGUGGACCCCUGAGAGGAAGGCCUUGGUAGAAAUAUAAAAAUAUAAUAAAUUGUAUGGAUAUUCUUAUCUCAUUUGCCCAAAGUACGACCCUGUAAGGUAGGCAAGAAUGCUGUUAAGCUUUCCACCUUGUGCACCCACUGUGCCAGUGGCCUCAUGCACUCCCACUCUAUCUAUCUAUCCAUCCCACCCUUCCUCCCAGCAGAAGCCCAAUAGGCCACAUGCACAAGGCCGAUUUGCGCUGUCCUGGCCGUGAUAUCCGAUCAGUAUGCGCACAGGCUUUUGUUUUGUGACCCAGACAUGGGUUAAGGCCCCGUAACAAGAGCCUGAAAUUGUUCACAGAUUGGAGGAGCAACUCUGGGUUGGCCAGGAAGGAAAGGAUUUGCGGAAGCAGGAGAGGAUAUGGGAGGAGAGGGAGAGAGUGAAGGCCGGAUUGGGGGGGGGGACGAAGUAGGUGAGAAGGGCCUAGAGAACCAUCUGGGAGAAAUGGGGAGGGGUCUGACAUAGAGUUAGGGCCUAAAUAUGAAGGCCUUUUGUAGGUCAAGCAUCCCAAGGGAAACUGAGCAGAGAGGAAAGUAGCGUGCCAUUUAUAUCUAUAUUUAUCUAUAUAUAUCUGGGGGGGUAAAGAAAAGCCGGGGAAAGAACUGGCAAUCCCACCCCAUAUAUACGGUCUGCCUAGUAAACGUCGCAAGACGUCACCCUAAGAGUCGGAAACAACUCGCACUACAAGUGCGGGGACACCUUUAUCUUUACCUAUCUAUCUAAAUGUAAAUGUACUGCCUUUAAGUCGAUUCCAACUUAUGGUGACCCUAUGAACAGGGUUUUCAUGAGACUGAGAGGCAGUGACUGGUCCAAGGUCACCCAGUGAGCUUCAUGGCUGUGUGGGGAUUCAAACCCUGGUCUCCCAGGUAGUAGUCCAACACCUUAACCCCCCCCUCUACUUACAUGGUCUAGAUAUCUUAACACAUAGAUAGAAAAGAAUUAAUAUAUUUAAGUCUCACCCACUGGGACUCAGAAUUUCCAGGCAAUAAUCUGCUGGAUACAUUAGAUCAGUCCACGAAAGACUAAUCGAAAACUGCAGGAGACAUCUCUCUUUUAUAGACUCUCUUGUUUGUUGUGACUGGAACACAUAUGUAGCCAGUCCAUGUGAGGGUAGUUAAAGUCACCCUUUAUGACAACCUUUCCUCUUUUGGACUGAAAUCAUUUAAACGACCUCUUUCUUGCCUGUGCACAGUAUUGAGGGUUCUUCACCUUUUCCGUUAAGCCUAAAGCUGUUCAGAGUCCUUGUAUGUCAGCAACUGCACUCACCUGGGCUUGCACAGUUUCCAACAGCAGAGUAUCUGAACAGGCAGAUCUAAAGAGGAAGCCCCACAGAGACUUAUCUCAGGACUGAGGAUAAAUGAGGAAAAAUAAUGGCGUUCCACAGCUGAAGGAGAUUAUGCUUUUCAUUGACUACACAUUUCUAUGUGGAUAUAUGUGAGCAUACAUCAACUCUGCCCAUAGCCAGUAAAUCAGAAUUAAUAAUAUAAAUCCAUGUUUAUUAAGUAAUACAGUAUGUUAUUCAGGAAUUUCACACAAUAUACUUAUAAAGUCUACAUACAGUAUGUCUCGAGUACUUAAUUACUCUUGGAGCCCAGUAUCGCCACCCACAAUGAUUCUGACCCACCCUUCCUCUCAAAGGGGUCCUGGGCAGCCUGAUUUCUGUGUGCCUCCUCUGGAAAUAUGGGAAGGGAGGGGUGGCCUCCAGGUUAAAGUUUCCUUUCAGUCUGCUAAGAAAUCCCCCAAAUUAAUUACCUGGAAUGGUUUCCAUAGUGCCACUGAGCUGAGCUUUAUGUACAGUUGCCUGUUCACAAGUGCCAGUGGGUUCCACAUACGCCUGUCUAUUCAUCACCAGGAGAUCUCCGAUCCUGCCUUUCUUGGAAUUUGGGAAGGGGCCACAGCAAUGGGUGGACAUGGAAUGCCUGGAUAAUUUAGGUUCAGAACUAACCAGCUUGUCUCUUCCUUUGAAAGAAAUAUCCAAACAGGGCUUCAUCUCUUCACUGGAAGGACAAGCUCCCAUUGGAUGGGGCGUUGAUGAAGGGGAGAUAUCUGCAGCAGAUGAUGGGCAGAAGAAUGAGAAUUAUAGGAAAUCACCGAUGGUGUCAUUGGUAAUAGCCAAGGGUGAAGCAUAAAAAGAGAUGGUUGAAAAUCACAGGAGCCCAAAACCAUCUGAAGGAAACCAGUCAAAGAAUGGGAGGAAGAAAUCCUCUACUUCUCAGAGUUUGCCUCACAGAAUGCACAGAGGAAAGAAAUCAUUUAAAUGCAUGGAAUGUGGAAAGAGCUUCUCUCUAAGCGGUAACCUUACUAAACAUCAAAGAAUCCACACAGGGGAGAAACCAUUUGAAUGCAUGGAGUGUGGAAAAAGCUUUAGUGUGGACUCUCACCUUACCACUCAUAAAAGAAUCCACACAGGGGAGAAGCCAUUUAAAUGCAGGGAGUGUGGACAGAGCUUCUCUGUAAGCAGUAACCUUACUAAACAUCAAAGAAUACACACAGGGGAGAAACCAUUUGAAUGCAUGGAAUGUGGAAAGUGCUUCAGUGAGAACUGUACCCUUACAGUACAUAAAAGAACACACACAGGAGAGAAGCCAUUUAAAUGCAUCCUGUGUGAAAAGAGCUUCAGUCAGAACUGUCACCUUUCAUCACAUCAAAGAACCCACACAGGGGAGAAACCAUUUGAAUGCAUGGAAUGUGGAAAGUGCUUCAGUGAGAACGGUACCCUUACUGUACAUAAAAGAACACACACAGGAGAGAAGCCAUUUAAAUGCAUCCUGUGUGAAAAGAGCUUCAGUCAGAACUGUGACCUUUCAUCACAUCAAAGAACCCACACAGGGGAGAAGCCAUUUAAAUGCAGGGAGUGUGGAAAGUGCUUCUCUGUAAGCGGUAACCUUACUAGUCAUCAAAGAAUACACACAGGGGAGAAACCAUUUGAAUGCAUGGAAUGUGGAAAGAGCUUCAGUCGAAGGGGUAACCUUACUAAACAUCAAAGAAUACACACAGGGGAGAAACCAUUUCAAUGCAUGGAAUGUGGAAAGUGCUUCAGUGAGAACCGUACCCUUACUGUACAUAAAAGAACCCACACAGGAGAGAAGCCAUUUAAAUGCAUCCUGUGUGAAAAGAGCUUCAGUCAGAACUGUGACCUUUCAUCACAUCAAAGAACCCACACAGGGGAGAAGCCAUUUAAAUGCAGGGAGUGUGGAAAGUGCUUCACUGACUCUGGUAGCCUCGCUAAACAUCAAAGAACCCACACGGGGGAGAAACCAUUUAAAUGCAUGGAGUGUGGAAAGAGCUUCAGUGAGGGGCGUAAGCUUACAUUACAUCAAAGAAUCCACACUGGGGAGAAACCAUUUAAAUGCAUGGAGUGUGGAAAAAGCUUUAGGCUGAACUCUCACCUUACCACUCAUAAAAGAAUCCACACAGGGGAGAAGCCAUUUAAAUGCAGGGAGUGUGGACAGAGCUUCAGGGUAAGCAAUAGCCUUACUUUACAUCAUAGAACACACACGGGGGAGAAACCAUUUAAAUGCAUGGAGUGUGGACAGAACUUCAGUCAAAGGGGUAUCCUUACUAUUCAUCAAAGAACGCACACAGGGGAGAAACCAUUUAAAUGCAUGGAGUGUGGAAAGAGCUUCAGUGCACAGAGUUACCUUACUAGUCAUCAAAGAAGACACACGGGGGAGAAACCAUUUAAAUGCAUGGAGUGUGGACAGAACUUCAGUCAAAGGGGUAACCUUACUAUUCAUCAAAGAACACACACGGGGGAGAAGCCAUUUAAAUGCUGGGAGUGUGGACAGAGCUUCAGCGUAAGCCAUAGCCUUAUUUUACAUCAUAGAACACACACUGGGGAGAAACCAUUUAAAUGCAUGGAGUGUGGAAAGACCUUCAGUAUAAGCAGAAGCCUUACUUUACAUCAUAGAACACACAUGGGGGAGAAACCAUUUAAAUGCAUGGAGUGUGGAAAGAGCUUCAGUGAGGGGCGUAAGCUUACAUUACAUCAAAGAAGCCACACCGGGGAGAAACCAUUUAAAUGCAUGGAUUGUGGAAAAAGCUUUAGGGUGAACUCUCACCUUACCACUCAUAAAAGAAUCCACACGGGAGAAGCCAUUUAAAUGCAGGGAGUGUGGAAAGAGCUUCAGUCAAAGGGGUAACCUUACUAUUCAUCAAAGAACGCACACGGGAGAAACCAUUUAAAUGCAUGGAGUGGGAAAAAGCUUUAGUGUGAACUCACCUUACAACUCAUAAAAGAAUCCACACGGGAGAAUCCAUUUAAAUGCAGGGAGUGUGGACAGAGCUUCAGCGUAAGCAAUAGCCUUACUUUACAUCGUAGAACACACACGGGGGAGAAACCAGUUAAAUGCAUGGAGUGCGGAAAGAUCUUCAGUAUAAGCAGAAGCCUUACUGUACAUCAUAGAACACACACGGGGGAGAAACCAUUUAAAUGCAUGGAGUGUGGAAAGAGCUUCAGUGCAGGGGGUAACCUUACUAGUCAUCAAAGAACGCACACGGAAGAAACCAUUUAAAUGCAUGGAGUGUAGAAAUACCUUCAGUAUAAGCAGAAGCCUUACUUUACAUCAAAGAACGCACACAAGGGAGAAACCAUUUUAAUUCAGUGAGUGUGGGAACAGUUUUAGUGUAAGAAGUAACCUUACUAGUCCUCAAAGAAUACACAUUUAAAGUAAUAGAAUGUACAAAGAACUUUCGUGUGAGCCUUGCCCUACAUCUGUAAACUAUAGGGCUGGUGGAAUUUAUGUAGUCCAAGAUAAUAUUUAGCAAUGUUAAGUUUUUAGUUAAUUUAAA